AUGCCUGUGAACCGCCAGCAGUCAGACUCUUCGGAGAUGGACUCGGAUGUGUCCCCCAGCUGCGGUCUCAGCGACCUGAGCAGAGGGGGCAGCCUGGACAGUCGAAGCAGCAGCUCCCGCUCCAGGAGUUUGACUUUGGAUGACGAGAGUCUGAAGUACCUGACGCACGAGGAAAAGGAUGUCAUCCUGUUUUUCGAAGAGACCAUCGAUUCCCUGGAAGACGACUUUGAGGAGCAAGUCCUGUGUGACAGCCAUUCUCCGGGGUCUCUGGAAGAGUGUGCUUCUGGUCACUCAGAGCCGGGAGAGGUGAUCGACUUAGUGCAGCCAGCACCAGAGGUGGGAGAACCGGAGUGCCUCCCGGCUGGGACAGCAGCAGCAGGGACUGGCCCUGUUGGGAAGGAAGACAUUCCUGUCCUUGAGGGCAGGAAACCAGAAGCCGGGGAUCCUCCCUCGCCAGACCCAGCAGCUCCGGCCCCUCCUGUGCCACCCUCCCAGCCUGUGGCCACAGCAGCCGCGCCCCCUAGGAAAGAGCUGCUGGCCACGGCUCCCCCCUCAGAGCACCCCAAACUGCCCCGCUCUGUUCCCACUCCCCUGGUAAUCGCUCAGAAAAUGUCUGAGAAGGUGGCAGGGAAUGAAGGGCUUCCGCCUGCGUCCCCCUCCAAGGAGAGCAAGCCAGGGGACUGGAGGACACUGCCUUCGGGGGUCCCUCGGCAUGGGGACCCUUUCCUGUGGCACAAACACACAGCCCAGCCCGCGCCCAAGAUCCACCGCUUCCCCAGCAACAUCAGCGUGACCAACAGCGCGGGGAAGGAGUUCAACAAGACCAUCUCCAAAGCAGCUGUCAACGUGCAGGAGCGGAAGGCCCGGGUCUUGGCUAACAUCAAUGGUGUCUCUUUCCUGGCCGCAGGGGAGGUGGAAGACCGGGCCCCCAGGGCUGAGGUUGCCGAGCUAGGGACGCGUGGCCAGAGCAAGCCAGGCCCCAUCCACGAUGCCGCGUCCACGCGGGUGCGCAGCCACACGGGCACUCUGCAGUCCAGAGGCGUGCAGACGGAACAGUGCCUGCCAUUGGCCAAUGGCUUCCAGAGCAUCCACGACGUCCUGAAGAGUGAGCCCAGUGCCUUCGCCUCAGUGGGGAAAACUGUCACCUUCCGUCCAGACCCGGCACUGGCCGGCAAACUUGCACGGCAGAAUGCCAGCAGGAGCCUUUACGAGCACCAGCCGCCGGACUGCAGCCCAGAUGCCAGGAAGCGGUCGGGGUCGCUGCCCAGGGCUGUUGGGUUCAGGCCCCAGGGUAUCACUGUCCAGUUCUCCGGUCGCGGCUCCACGGAGGAGGCCCGCCGGGAGGCCCUGCGCAAGCUCGGCCUUCUGAAGGAGAACUUGUGAUGGAGGGUGGGGUGGGGCUGGAGAGGCAGGAUGGCCAGGCCCAUGUGGCCUAACACAGAUGUGCCCACGUGAGGAGCAGUGGCCACGGUCCCAGGGCUGUGCCCCGUGGAGGACAAGAGAUGACAGGGGCCAGGACUCCGCGGUCCAGGCGGAGGGAGUGCGGACAGGAAGUGUGCCCGACUCCGCUGCCAAGUCCGAGCAGGGCGAUCCUUCUGGGAGAGUCCGGCCUCCUAUCUUGUCUUCCUUUUUCCUGGAGUUCAAAGAAGAGCCCUGAAAACCCUAAAUGCCAUAUCUUUUUUUUU